CAUCAGCAGCCAAACAUUUCCCAGACAUCGACGACCAUGUCAACAACACCGUUCACCGCUGCGCACAGGUUCCAUGUCAAGUCAUUAUACAGGCGCUUAUUGAAGAACUCCCUUGAUUGGACUAUUCGGAGGGACAUUUGGAGACAGCAGGCUUUAGAAAUCCGUUCCGAAUUCGAGCGCAAUCGGAAUGUGACUGAUCCACGAGCCAUUGCCGACUUGCUCGCACGAGGAGAGGCUCAGCUAGAAGCGACGUUGCACCCGGAUCCAUAUAUUCCCCCUUCCUUUCCUGGAGGAUCGAAGUGGGAACGUAACCUUCCGCCUCCCAUAGAACCUCCCGUAGACUACCGUCAUACACACUAAAUUAAUAACAAUGGCAUGAAGCUGCUAUUCUCUAUCUUCUGCGAAUGUAAGAGCUCAAUACACAAAUAUUUACAAAAAAUUCGCGAGUUUGCGCGCCGCCUCUCGCUCGUCGAUACGGCCGCGCUGAGGCUGAAUGAACAUCGAACGCGUCAUAUUAGCCCGUCCUCCUGGAGUACUCGGUGUUAUUGGGCUUUGUGCCGGGGUGCCCAACAGAGGAUCAACAGGGGAGUCAUUAGGCCGGGAGGGCGAGAUAAUGACAGACUUGUAACCUUUUGUUGGACUAGCCGGAAGCGAUCCCGGUGGUGCCGACGCUGGUGGGCCUGACAAUUGACCCUUUUCGUACGGACCGUCUCGCUGAACGCGAGAAUCGAUGGUUGUAACGGAUGCUUCAGACUGCGAGUGUCGCAAAGCCGGUGA